AUGCUGGAUGGCAGUUCCCAGGUGGUCCUAGGGGAUUCGUCCCUCCCGGGAUCAUCGCUUCAAUCGAGUCCGCAAUCGCUUUUGCAAUCUACUCAGCGACAGCCCUUCUGCGGUGAUAGCGAGGGUUGGGGUCCGAUCAGUCAAUUGCGAUUUGAUUUGACGCCAUGUUUUCUGGACCUGGGGGUGGCUUUGGUCGCAGCAUUUGGGCUGUUGAUGGGAUCCGGCGCUAUCUGGUUGCUGCUUAAGAAGCGAAUUCCUCAGCCGGUAUCCAAGAAUUGGCAUUUCUAUGCCAAAUUAGUUGUUCUAUCCGCUUUGAUCCUAACUACUGCUCUUCAGUCCGCUAUUCAGGCUGAGGCCUAUCCGAACAAUGGACUGAGCGACUUUCGCUUCUGGAGCUCGAUUAUUACGCUUGCAUCUCUCGGUGUUAUCUUUGGGGUACAAUAUUUUGAGCACUGGCGUAGCAGGCAGCCGAACGGAGUUGUUCUCUUCUAUUGGGUCUUCUUCAUUAUCGCAUAUGGAAUCAAGUUGCGGUCUCUCAUCUCCCGACAUGCCUUCAAGAAUGAUAUUCCAUACUUUGUCACAAUCAAUGUGAGCCUAGGGCUGGCAGUGUUGGAAUUCGUGCUGGAAUACUUGAUCCCGAAGAAACAAAGUGAUUACGAUGCACUAGGUGAUGAGGAUGAAUGUCCUUAUGAAUACGCAGACAUCUUCUCAGUUCUUACUUUCAGCUGGUUGACCCCAAUGAUGAAAUUUGGGUACAGUAACUUCUUGACCCAAGAUGACCUGUGGAACUUGCGUCGCCGAGACAUGACUCGUGUCACCGGAUCUACUUUGCAAGAGAACUGGGACUAUGAGUUGGAGAAGAAGAAACCUUCUUUGUGGAUAGCAAUGUUCAAAACAUUUAGUGGUCCGUAUCUUGUCGGUGCUCUCAUCAAGUGCGGAAGUGAUAUGCUUGCUUUCGUCCAGCCGCAACUGUUGCGAAUUCUGAUCAGCUUUAUCAAUUCGUACACAACCGACACACCUGAACCGGCAAUCAGAGGUGUGGCCAUUGCCCUCGCCAUGUUUCUGGUUUCGGUUUCGCAGACCAUGUUCCUUCACCAGUACUUCCAGCGAGCUUUCGAUACGGGUAUGCGCGUCAAGUCUGCCUUGACUGCCAUGAUAUAUGCCAAAUCCCUGAAGCUUUCAAAUGAAGGUCGUUUAUCCAAGACAACUGGCGACAUUGUUAACCAUAUGGCUGUUGAUCAGCAACGUCUUUCUGAUCUGACUCAAUUCGGCACACAGCUCUGGUCCGCUCCAUUCCAAAUCACACUAUGCAUGGUAUCCCUCUAUCAGCUUGUCGGACCGAGCAUGUUCGCUGGUAUCGGAGUUAUGCUACUCAUGAUCCCAUUGAACGGUGCUAUCGCUCGGAUGAUGAAGAAGCUUCAAAUCUCGCAGAUGAAAAACAAAGAUUCGAGAACCAGGCUGAUGACGGAGAUUCUGAACAAUAUCAAGAGCAUUAAGCUCUAUGCUUGGAACACUGCGUUUAUGAACAAACUCAACCAUAUUCGAAAUGACUUGGAACUGAACACUCUUCGCAAAAUCGGCGCAACGCAGUCGGUUGCGAACUUUACCUGGCAGUCAACGCCAUUCUUGGUCUCAUGCUCUACGUUUACUGUCUACGUCUUGACGGGCGACCGUCCUCUGACUACUGAGGUGGUGUUCCCCGCUUUGACGCUUUUCAACCUGCUCACUUUCCCACUUUCGAUUUUGCCGGUGGUUAUCACCUCGACCAUCGAAGCGACAGUAGCUGCCAAGCGCUUGACAGACUAUUUCACAGCGGAAGAAUUGCAAACUAAUGCCGUUACCUAUGAGGAUCCCGUGGUCCACGUUGGAGAUGAGUCGGUUCGGAUCCGGGACGCCUCUUUCACCUGGAACAGAUACCAGGAGGCCCAGGUUUUGGAAAACAUUGAUUACAGCGCCCGCAAAGGCGAACUCAGCUGUAUUGUGGGCCGGGUUGGUGCCGGAAAGUCUUCUUUGCUGCAGUCCCUGCUCGGUGAUCUUUGGAAGUCAGACGGCGACGUCACUGUACGGGGUCGCAUUGCCUAUGUUGCACAAUCACCCUGGGUGAUGAACGCUUCCGUCCGCGAGAACAUUGUUUUUGGACAUCGCUGGGACCCUCAGUUUUAUGAACUUACCGUCGAAGCUUGUGCCUUGUUGGACGAUUUCAAAAACCUACCAGAUGGAGACCAGACCGAGGUUGGUGAACGAGGAAUUUCGCUAUCAGGUGGACAAAAGGCUCGAUUGACAUUGGCCAGAGCAGUCUACGCUCGCGCCGAUAUCUACCUUCUUGACGAUAUCCUAUCUGCAGUCGACCAGCAUGUUGGCCGUCAUAUCAUAAACCGGGUGCUUGGAAAGAACGGUAUACUCAGCGGCAAGACUAGAAUUCUCGCGACAAACGCAAUUACUGUGCUCAAGGAGGCAGACUUCAUUGGCCUGCUACGGAACAAGACAAUUAUUGAAAAGGGCACUUACGAACAAUUGCUGGCCAUGAAAGGCGAGAUUGCCAACCUUAUCCGCACCAACAUGAACGACUCGGACGACGAGCAGGGCUCUGCUAGUGGAACUGAAGAUAGCCGUGGCCUUGCUAGUCCUGAGAGUUCUGAAUCCGCCACUGUAAUCGACAACGCAGACUCCGACUUUUCUGAUACAGAAGAUGCUGAACAAAUUGGCUCCCUUGUUCCAAUCCGGUCCGGCGGUGGUCGACGCAGACCGAGCACUGUCACUUUGCGACGUGCUAGCACCGUUACCUGGCAAGGUCCCCGACGCAAGCUAGGAGAUGAAGAAAACCUGAAGAGCAAGCAAACUCAAGAGACCUCACAGCAGGGCAAGGUGAAGUGGAGCGUCUAUGGAGAGUAUGCCAAAAACAGUAAUGUCGUGGCCGUGUGCUUCUACCUGCUUGCCCUUCUUGGUUCGCAAACAGCACAGGUUCUUGGUAGCUUCUGGUUGAAGAAGUGGUCUGACCCAGGCGAUCCGGAAGAAAAGAAGGCCCAUGUCGGUAAAUUCAUUGGUGUUUACCUGGCUUUUGGUUUUGGAUCCUCUUUGUUGGUUGUUAUCCAGAAUCUUAUUCUGUGGAUUUUCUGCUCGAUUGAAGCUUCUCGGAAAUUGCACGAGCGGAUGGCAUUCUCAAUUUUCCGUUCUCCUAUGAGUUUCUUUGAGACUACUCCUUCUGGACGAAUUCUCAAUCGGUUUUCCAGUGAUGUGUACCGCAUUGACGAGGUUCUUGCUCGUACCUUUAACAUGUUAUUCGGAAACACGGCCAAGGCUUUGUUCACAAUGAUUGUCAUCUCAUCUUCGACCCCGGCAUUCCUUUUGGUGAUUGUUCCUCUGGGUUAUGUCUAUUUCAGCUACCAGAAGUAUUACUUGCGAACCUCGCGAGAGCUGAAGCGAUUGGACAGCGUUACCAGAAGUCCGAUCUACGCGCACUUCCAAGAAUCCCUCGGUGGUAUCUCGACCAUCCGCGCAUACAAACAGGAGAACCGGUUUGCACUUGAGAACGAAUGGCGUAUGGAUGAAAACCUUCGAGCUUACUUUCCGUCCAUCUGCGCAAACAGAUGGCUGGCCGUCCGUCUUGAAUUUAUUGGGUCUAUGGUCAUCUUGGCAUCGGCGACGCUUUCUAUCCUCUCCGUUACCACCGGCAGCGGUCUCUCCGCAGGUAUGGUCGGUCUGGCCAUGUCGUAUGCUCUUCAAAUCACGCAAUCCCUGAACUGGAUUGUGCGACAGACGGUCGAGGUUGAGACCAACAUUGUCUCUGUCGAGCGAGUGCUCGAGUAUGCAGCCCUCCCCAGUGAAGCGCCGGAAGUGGUAUUCAAAAACCGACCGGGCAUUGGCUGGCCGGCGCAGGGUGCAGUCUCGUUCAAGAACUACAGCACACGAUACCGCGAAGGACUUGACUUGGUGCUCAAGGAUAUCAGCCUUGAUAUCAAGCCCCAUGAGAAGAUUGGAGUUGUUGGGCGUACGGGCGCAGGCAAGAGCUCCCUGACUCUGGCGCUGUUCCGAAUCAUUGAGCCAGAUGGCGGCAGCAUUAGCAUUGACGGGUUGAAUGUGUCUACGAUUGGUCUGUUUGAUCUACGGGGACGACUCGCUAUCAUUCCUCAAGACCCAGCGAUGUUCGAGGGCACUCUACGCGACAACCUAGACCCUCGACAUGUGCAUGGUGAUAUGGAACUUUGGAGUGUUCUUGAACAUGCGAGACUGAAGGAAUACGUAUCUCAGAUGGAGGGCCAGCUGGAUGCCCAAAUCCAGGAAGGAGGGUCGAAUCUGAGUCAAGGUCAACGCCAACUAGUGUCACUGGCGCGAGCGUUGUUAACGCCCAGCAACAUUCUAGUGCUGGAUGAAGCAACGGCUGCGGUGGACGUGGAAACGGACGCACUACUCCAACGGACCUUGCGUAGCAGCAUCUUCCAAGACCGCACUAUAAUCACGAUAGCGCACCGCAUCAACACGAUCAUCGAUUCCGAUCGAAUCGUGGUGCUAGACAAGGGGCGGGUGGCCGAGUUCGACACGCCAGCGGAACUGAUCAAGCAGGGCGGCAAAUUCUAUCAGCUGGUCAAGGAAGCCGGGCUACUGGACAACGACGGACUGGCGCUUCUGCAAUAA